AUGGAGGAUAGCAAACUAGCCCCAGAUGUUUUGACUGUACAAGGUUCCAAAGAAGCAGAAGCAUUAAGUGCUUUAUGGAAUGCUGAGGUUUUAGACCCCGUCUCACUUGGCUUUAUACCUUCAAUAUGGAAAAAUAAACCUGUAUCUUUAGCCAAUCUUAGAGAAUCAUACUUCAGUAAAAAGAACAAUGUCAAUCGAAGAUUCGAGCAUAAACUUUGGAAUGCUCUCAGAAUAACUCAAUUAUAUCCAAAUUACUUACCAGUUGUUGGUGUUGAAUGGGUUUCCAAUGAAGUGAUAAAAGUUUAUAAACAUCCAUUCGCUCACUUGUUAGGAAUUUCUGCCGUAGAUGGAGGACUAUUUCAUAAACAGGGCAAUUUCACACGCCACGGAUUUGUUGAAGUUACAGAGGAAGAAAUUAAGAAUACGAUCAAUCAAACAGCACUAUCUGACGUUGACCAUCGUGAUGUUCAUAUUGUUUCAAAUAAAGAAGGAAGCUUUACGGCUAACUCCACAGAAGAAUCAAUCAAUACGUGCAAAUGGGUCAAUCCAGUUGGAUCUUCGCGUGUAGCUAUACUAAACGUUACAGCCAAUCCCCCAUUGCCUGAAAAUUAA